AUGAAUCCUUCUAGUGAAGGUAUCCAGAACAUCUUACAGGAGUCAGGUGAUCCUAAUUUUAUGCACCUGAUAUUAACAUUACUGUAUUACCUUUUACCACAAUUCGUCAAAGCUGAUAGGGGAAAUCACAUCGAUAAGGAACCAGGCAAUGAAACGCUGUUCGAUCUUCACCAAGCAUUAUGGGCUUUCGAAUUUGCAGCCGCCGCCUACGCGGAAGAUCCGACUGUGUGUUUGAGACCGAUCAACGCAUCUUUGGUCUAUCGGGUGGCUUUGCCAUGUGAUUACCUCAGAGAUGAGUGCUGGGGUUUUGUGGCGACCAGAGAGGAUUGGAUUAUCGUCGCAUUUCGAGGAACGCGCACGAAAGUCCAGCUCAUCACUGAACUCAUUGAGACCAUGAGCGAACCAAAGAAAAAGCUUCGUGCUGGUGGAUCCGUGCAACACUACUUUUAUGUAGCGCUGCAGUCGAUUUGGAAGCAGAUGUAUGCAGUGAUUACGAAGCUACGGAAAACAUAUCCCACGUACCGCAUCCUGUUCACUGGUCACUCGUUAGGAGGUGCCCUGGCUAGUCUUGCAUCCACUCUGUACGCUCACCGACAUCCAGCCCUUACGGACAGGUGGCUCACCUUCCAGCGUGUGCGAUUCGACCGAUAUCCCACUCCUGUGCAUCGCUGUUGA